AUGCCUGUCCCGCGCCCUGGGGCUGGGACGGGCCUGCGUCCUCGGGUGGCAUCCGGGCGUCCUGGGGCCCGGGAUCGCGUCCUCUCUGGGUCUCCGUGCGGCCAGGGGGCGGCCGGCACUGACCGCUCCGCGGGCCGGGCUUCCGGACGUACCCUCCAGGCGGUGGCCCAACAAAAAUCUACAGUUCUCCUGAGUGUACCGCUGGGUACCCGGCCCUGCCUGAGCCCCUGCCUGCUUCAGUUGGUGACCCCACCCGGGGAGACGGUGAUGGACACGGAGGCCUGGCGGGCUGCAGUCCACGGGGUCGCCAAGAGUCGGACACGACUGAGCGAUGGAACAACCGCCCGGGGACCCCACACCAGAGCCGGCCAGGCCAGGCCCAGGGCCCCAGCACCAGGCGCGGCAGGGCCUCGUGGGCCUGGGGUCCCCUUGGCCCGGCGGCAGGCGCCCCCCAGCCCUGGCUCUCUCAGGGACCCUCGGGGGCCGGCUCUGCUGCUCCUGGUCUGGCUGGUGGCCUUCAGGCCUCUACGACUGGACACCCUGAUGGAUAAAUGUGUGUGGGGGCCGUGA